AUGGUAAGAGAAGGCAUAGUCUUGGAUCAUAAGAUAUCAAAGGAAGGACUUGAAGUGGAUAAAGCCAAGGUUUCAGUGAUUGAGAAGUUGCUCAUGCCCAUUAAUGUGAAAGGAAUCAGAAGCUUCUUGGGGCAUGCUGGAUUCUAUAGAAGCAAUCAAACAAAAAAAGGCACAGAAAAUCAAGUGGCAGAUCACUUAUCAAGGCUGAAUGAUGGUAAAGCAGAUAAGCUUGAAGAGCAAAUCAAGGAUGCAUUUCCAGAUGAGCAACUCUUUGUUAUUACCAUUGCUAUAGCACCGUGGUAUGCUGAUAUUGCAAACUACAUAGUGAGUGGAAUUCUGCCCAACAACAUGAGUUCACAACAAAGAAAUAGGUUUAUCCAUGACUGUAAAUACUAUCUUUGGGAUGAGCCUUACCUAUUCAAGAGAUGCCCUGAUCAAAUCAUAAGAAGAUGUGUACCUGAAGGAGAAAUACGAGUCAUAUUGGAGCAUUGCCAUUCAUCUCCAUAUCGAGGCCACUAUGCUAGAGUCAGGACUGCAGCAAAGAUUUUACAAUCUGGAUUUUAUUGGCCUAACAUUUCUAAAGAUUCACAUUCUUUUGUUUCAGGUUGUGAUAGAUGCUAG